AUGGAAAUAUUUCUGACUUUUAUUCUUCUUUCAUCCACACUCACACUCACAGCAGCUGACAGUGUGAGGUUGGUGAAUGGUGGAAGUCGCUGUGCUGGGAGAGUGGAGGUUCUUCAUGAUUCACAGUGGGGAACAGUGUGUGAUGAUAAAUGGGAUAUGAACGAUGCUGCAGUGGUGUGUAGAGAGCUGCGCUGUGGGGAGGCUGUAAAUGCACCUAAUAGAGCUCACUUUGGACCAGGAUCAGGACCAAUCUGGAUGGAUGAAGUCGGCUGUAGUGGAUCAGAGUCGACACUGAAGAGCUGUAGUUCAGAAGAGUGGGGGGAGAGUGACUGUGGUCAUGAUGAAGAUGCUGGAGUCACCUGCUCAGGUCGAAUGUCAAGACUCAGUGCUGGUCCUCAUCAGUGCUCUGGGAGAGUGGAGGUGCUUCAUGGAGGUUCCUGGUCCACAGUGUGUGAUGCUGACUUUGACCAGCAGGGUGCAGAGGUUGUGUGUCGAGAGCUGGGCUGUGGGAUUCCUGUGAAGCUGCUGGGAUCAGCUGCUUUUGGCCGAGGGGAGGGUCAGGUGUGGACAGAGGAGCUUCACUGUAGAGGAAAUGAAUCUGACAUUACCUUCUGUCCAACAUCAUCUUUACUCAAACACUGCUCCCAUGACAACGAUGUGGGAUUAAUAUGUUCUGGUCACACAGAGGCGCGGCUAGUGAAUGGACUGGACUCCUGUUCUGGUCGAGUGGAGCUCCAGUACCUCAGUGACUGGGGCACAGUUUGUGCUGUAAGCUGGAAUAUGAGAGCUGCAGAUGUUGUCUGUGCACAGCUGGAUUGUGGGAGUGCUGUGGCUGUGGUGGGGGUGGACUGGUUUGGGGAGGGGAGUGGCCACAUCUGGGCUGAUGUGUUUGAUUGUCAGGGGAAUGAGACACACCUAUCACAAUGUGGCAUCUCAUCAUGGAGUCGAGCUGCAUGCUCUCAUAAACACGAUGCUGCAGUAAUCUGUAAUGGAUCAUCCAUGGCGUUUCAUGAGGGACGAGUCCGUUUGUCUGGAGGGAGCGAGUGUCAGGGGGAGGUGGAGAUUUAUUUCAGGCAGGACUGGAGGAGAGUUCUCCUGGACUCAUGGAGUCUGUCUGAGGCGUCUGUGCUCUGCAGACAGCUGGGCUGUGGCUCUGUGCUGAACUACCGCUUCUCUCCAUCCACCACUGAACACAAUCACAUGUGUGUAACGGGUUUCAGCUGCUCUGGGAGUGAAGCUCAUCUGGGGAACUGCAGCAGUGCACAACCUGUCAACUGCAGCUUCAGGAAACAGCUGUACAUCACCUGUUUAGGCCAAAUAUCCAUCAGGCUGGUAGGUUCUGGGGAUGACUGUGCAGGAAGACUGGAGGUUUUCCACAGCGGCUCGUGGGGGACAGUGUGUGAUAACUCGUGGGAUAUUGAGGAUGCACAGGUGGUGUGUAGACAGCUGCAGUGUGGAGUGGCCCUCAGUACCCACAUACCAGCCUGGUUUGGUCCUGGAACUGGGUCCAUAUGGCUGAAUGAGGUGGAGUGUGAGGGGAACGAGACGUCCCUGUUGAACUGCAAAUCUCAGCUGUGUGAAGAGGGGGAAUGUGGACACCAGGAGGACGUAGGAAUCGUGUGCUCAGAGUUUAAAGAGAUGCGACUCACAGAGGGCUGUAAAGGGAAUCUGGAGGUGUUCCACAAUGGAACCUGGGGUAAUGUGUGUCACAAUCAGAUGGGUGAUGAGACAAUAAACAUGGUGUGUCAAGAGCUAAACUGUGGAAGACAUGGCAGUCUAUCAAACACUGAAGCAAGAGUCAAAUCUGCUCCUAACUGGCUGGAUUAUCUGAAAUGUAGGAAACACGACUCUAAUCUGUGGCAGUGUCCAUCUUCACCCUGGGGACAGAACAGAUGUGAUAAUAGUGAUGAAGUGGCUCAUAUUACCUGCACAGAUGAUGAAAUGUCUCUACGUACAGAAGAAAAGUGCUCUUCACUUCCCUCUCAGAAACACUGCUCAAAGCACUGGUCUCUCAGGCUAAGUGGAGGAAAGGGAAGCUGCUCUGGGAGGUUGGAGGUCUAUCAUAAUGCUACGUGGGGCUCCGUUUGUGAUGAUCAGUGGAACAUCAGGAACGCUCAGGUGGUGUGCAGACAGCUGGGCUGUGGCUCGGCGCUGAGUGCUGAUAGAAAUGUUAGCUUUGGUUCUGGUGCAGGGUCUAUCUGGCUGAACAGAGUGAAGUGUCGAGGGGAUGAGAUUCACCUGUGGGACUGUCAUCAUUCCCUGAGGAAACACACUGACUGCUCUGAUGCUGGAGUCACCUGUGCAGGUUAG